GUGGCCACACACUACAGUUUUAUUUGUCCGCGUACCAAGUACGGUGUAGUUCGAACAACGUACACCGAUAGUAUGUGGGCAAUAAAAGGACGAAAAACACCGUACACGGACAUGGAGUACAAACUGAGGAGUUUGAUAUUUUGCCCGUGUUCGGUGUUCGAAAUGAUGAAAACCGAAAACUAUUCUUAUCAUAUAUUGUUUGUUAUCUUUUGUUGUUUCACAUGCUUUCAAAAACGAAAAAAUAAAAAUUAUUCUUUUCAAGAACAAAGUCCUACGCAAAUGGCUCGCAAUCCAAAAAGGAAGUUGGGCAGUAAGCCAUACAAAAAUAAUACAAAUGAAGCAUUAAAUGAAGCACUUACUAAAAUUGCAAAUGGUGAUAUUUCCAUACUUGCUGCAAGUAAAAUUUAUAAAAUAUCUUAUGGAACAUUGCAUAACAAAUAUAAUUGGAAGCACAUUAAGCGACCUGGAGCAAUAUAAAGUACAAAUUUCCAAAUUCCGUUGAUGUGAGAGAAGCAUAGACAGUGUACAGUGUAAUAUUUAGUCUGACAGAAAAAACAAGACUGAAUAAUAGGUAUCAAAUAUAAGUUUUUUUUAUUUUUUAUU